CGACCAGCAACGCUGGAUGUGAACAGAAAAUGCUGACGAUAGUCGGUGAUCCAAGUUUUUCGGAGGCGAGGGAAUUGGGUAUAAAGACCACUUGGAUUCCGCCUCCGGAUACCUUUUUUUCCCCCUCCAUCAGCAUCACAAUCAGAGCAUACUUUCUAGCGAGACUCAAGCAAGCAAAAGAUCCCUCACAACAAAUUCCAUCAUAUCAAUCUUACCUUUUAACUUACCUCCCCUUCACUCCAUCUAAAUAUGUCUUUCCAUCACGGAGGAUACGACAAUGAUGACGGCUUUGGCCCAGACCGACCCCAGAAGGAGAUCCUCUUCCGCGACGAGACCAUGCGAGAAAUCCUCACUAGAGCCGUAGAAAGCGGUUCCCACGACAUCGGUGACGAGCUAAGAGCAAGCAUCUCGCGAAGUUCAACCUUCAACCAGGAGCGCAGGGUAUCCCCUCCUCGUUCCUUUUCCCGCCAGAACUCCAACAUGAUAAACACCCCACCCCGCGACAGCAACCGCGGCCCUGCCGUGGAAACAUACAGAAACGACCAAGGGGAACUCGUAACCCAAUUGGUUGAUGGUGAGGAUGCCCCUCUUCGGGUGCACAACCACGACCCCGAGUGGAACGAUCAGCCCAGGGUACCCUCACGCAGCAACACCGGCCUCUCCACGUACAGGAACCCCGAUGGCGAUCUCGUCCAGGCGCAUACCGGCUCCGAACCGCCAUCCCUCAGGACCUUCUCCAGACAAUCCCCACCCCCUAGCGAUGAGCGCAGAAGCCCACCGAUUUACACUUCCCGGGACCGCGAGGGAAACCUGGUCUCGCAGUACGAUGGCGACAGUUCAGAACUUCGCAUCCGCACCCAUUACCAGGACGACGAGCCCCAGCAGAGGUCGUAUCAGAGAACGAAUUCCGGGAGAUAUUAGAUUGUUUCCUUUUUUGGGAGGGAGUUUUUUUCAUUUUUGAUUGGUUUUUGGUUUUCUGUUUUUGAUGGGAUGGGGGAUGGGUGGGAUUGGGUUUCGUGCUUUUUUGCUAGAUAAGUCAGGAGGUAGAAAUAUAAAUCGUUGGCGAUCGAG